AUGGCUCCAUCUAAAAACCAACUCUCCACGGAUAUCUCGCCAGAUCUGAAGAAUGACGCUGAACGUGACUUGAUCGAGAGUUCUCAAAGGGCUACCCGCCGAGAACAUGACCUGACCGUACAGCAAGCCCUUUCCAAGCAUAGAAGUGCUAUCUUUUGGGCAGCCUAUUUUAUUCUACCUGGUUUUGUGAUUGGUUACGAUCCAACAAUCCUUGGCAGCUUGGUCGGUAUCCCACAAUUUCGAAAAGACUUUGGUUACGAACACCCUGCUGGUUCAGGCACUUAUGUCCUCUCGUCUUCUUGGACAUCGGCAUUCCCAUACGCACCUAUUAUUGGUUUCUUGGUAGCUCCAAUUUGGGCGGGAUGGUGCGUCGAUCGUUUCGGACCCAGGAAGACACUGCUAUGCUGCACAACCCUGUCUCUGGGAACCCUCUUGAUGGAAGUUCUUGGUAACACUUCAGGCAUUAUCUUCGCCGGAGACCUCCUUACUGGCCUCCUCACUGGUGGGUUCCCCGUUCUCGGUCCCGCAUACAUAUCGGAAAUCCUGCCUGUUAGUCUUCGAGGUAUCGGACUAGCAGCCAACAACUUUGCUCAGGUUGCUGGGUCAUUUAUUGCAAUCGGGAUCUUGCGCGGAACGGAAACUCGGGCGGACAAAUGGGCGUACAAGAUCCCUUUCAUCACAGAAUACGCUUUCCCUGUGCUCUUCAUUCUUGGAGCACUCUUUGCCCCAGAAACGCCUUGGUUUCUGGUGAAGAAAGCGCGAUACGAAGAAGCAACAAAAUCCCUGGAACGUACUGGAUAUACCCAGGAUCUCGACGAUACUCUGGCUCAUAUGAAGGAAACCAUUCUAUUGGGAGAGCAGUGUGUAUCCACUACCGCCUACCUUGAUUGCUUCAAGGGCACAAACUUCCGACGUACUGCAAUAUGUUCAAUUUGUUACAGCGGUCAAUUCCUCUGCGGAGUUAAUGUUGUGUCUUCGUAUUGCACCUACUUUUUCCAGCUGGCAGGCGUGUCAACGGAUCAAGCAUUCGAUCUUUCUCUUGGUCUCUUUGCGCUUGGUAUUGUCGGGAACGUGAUUUCAUGGCCUUUGGUGUCAAUCUGGGGUAGGAGAUUCGGCUACAUUUCAACCUGUUGCGCAACUGCCGUCUUGAUGUUUUUGAUUGGAUUUUUGGAUCUUGCACCAUCUUCCAAUAAGGCCGCCCUGUAUGCCAAGUCAUCUAUGCUGCUUGUCUUUUACUUUAUUUACAACUUCGGUCUUGGCCCCCUUGUUUAUGCCUUGAUUGCCGAGAUCCCAAGCACAGCAAUACGCGGAAAGACAAUGGGCGUGGCAUGUUCUUUUGCCCAUAUCUUUUCUCUCGUCAUUACAGCCGCUCUUCCCUAUGCAAUGAGCCCCCUCGAGGCAAAUUGGGGUGGCAAAAUCGGGUUUUUGUUUGGCGGACUCAGCGUUGGGGUGGUAGUUUGGGCAUUUAUGUGUCUGCCAGAAACAAAGGGCAGGACGUUUGAAGAGCUUGAUAUUCUCUUUGAGCGGAAGACGCCAGCCUGGAAAUUUGAUAGUACUGAUUUGACAGAUUUUGAUCGUGCAGCCGUGAUUUACGGGCAUAGUGGGAGUGUCUGA